GUCCUCCCCGAGGUUGUAGGCCGAAUACACAGCACCUCAACUACCCAUUGCGCUGAGACAUCUCUCUGUCUGAUUACUACCCCAAAGGCAUUGCAACAUGACGUCCAGCAACCAGGUGCUGUAUGCUGUGGAGAGGAACGGCAUCAGUCAACUUGCCCAAGUCCUCCAACGACGACCUGAUGGCCAGGUCUACGUCCACUAUGAAGGUGCGGACAAGCGCAUGGACGAAUGGCUACCUGGAGAAGACCUGCAACUCGUGGACCCUGACACGCUCCCCGAGAGCCAGACCCGCGCUCGGAAGCGUAAACGCCAAUCCAGCCAUGUUGACCUGCGUCAGAACCCUCCAAUACUAGAAGAACCUCUCUCCAGCAACGUCGGCCCUUCAACGAUGGAGUAUGUCUCGGAGAGCCUUGAAGACAUCUCAGAAGCGGUUAUGGAGGGAACCAAGUCGCUGGCCGAUAGCGGUCUGACGGAAGAAGAAUUCGACCUCCAACACCACAAGCAAAUCACCGCAAAACGCAACUUUGACAAGGUUAACUUCGCAGGGUAUCAGAUCAAGACAUGGUAUUUCUCCCCAUACCCCCUGACCGACUCCGAACUCGAAGACCCAGCUCAACUCAAUCCAUUGACAACGACUUCCUACCCGCGACGUCCUUCUGCUACCUCUUCCUCAACAAACCCAUCGAAAUCUUCCCAAAGCUCACCCGACCCUACCGUUCCUAUCAAAGCACCAACCAAAGGCCUGGCUGCGGCGGGCAAGAGUGUCGUUGGCUCCAAGAUACCCGGCGUACCACGCACGAGUGUCCGAACACAUGGCCGCACCUCCGAUUUAUUUGCCGGAGGACUCACCCGCUCGCAUCUUCAAGGCGAAAAUUCGCUUUUAUGGGUGUGCGAUAGGUGCUUCAAGUAUAUGUCGGAUGGAGGUUCAUGGGAGCUACACGCCAAACGGUGCGACAAACGGCAUCCUCCUGGCGAGAAAGUCUAUCAACGAGGCGCGCAUAUAAUCUGGGAGGUAGACGGGGCAAAGGAAAAGCUGUACUGUCAAAACCUUGCAUUGUUUGGGAAACUUUUCAUUGACGUCAAGACAAUAUUCUUCGACUGCGAUAAUUUCCUCUUCUACAUCCUAACCGACGCCGACUCUCAACGCGACCAUGUUAUCGGGUUUUUCUCCAAAGAAAAGGUUUCGUACGAUGACUACAACCUCGCAUGCAUAGUUGUUCUUCCUCCCUAUCAGCGAAAGGGUUAUGGAAUGCUCCUCAUUGAAUUUAGCUACGAACUUUCGCGAAGGGCUGGUAAAGUCGGCACGCCAGAACGGCCUUUGUCAGAUUUGGGUCUCAGAAGCUACCUCACCUACUGGGUCGGCACUCUCAUCCGAUUCUUCAGACGUCUCUUGAAUAUCUUGCCUCCCGAUAUUCAGGUUAAUUCCAUUGGAGGCCUCCCAAACCUUAACAGCUUUGCUACCGUAACACCGAAUGGUGAGCGGAAAAAGAAGCAGCUUAAAGGAUGGGCAGGCGAAAUUGACGGUACAUCUACCACAGGCUGGUGGUCCGACGAAACCAUCAACUCCCUCCGCACAAUUGAAAGCACCCCAAAUUUGGACGGAAGCGUGACAUCGCAUGUCGUCGUUCGCUGCACACUGGAGGAAAUUUCCCGUGCGACGAACAUGCGCGUAGAAGACUGCGCAUUUGCGCUCAACGAAUGCGGCCUCCUCGUCCGGCGACGAGUUACCACCGCUUCUGUGAUUAGGGAUAGCGAACCAGCUUCGGCUAGACCCACGCCGUCGCAAGUGGAUGGGGAGACCGAGGAGGUCGGCACGCUGAGGAACGAGGAACAGCUGAUGGUAGUCAUUACGCGUGAGGCCGUCGAGGCCGUUGCGGCGGAGAAGAAGGUCAAGCCUAUAUGCAUGUUGAGUCCGGCGCAUGUGUUGCUGUGACCGAAUGGACGCUUAUACCUUUUCAACUCAAUGCUAUGCUACUUUCCUACUAUACGAUGCUUCAUCUACUCCUGCCUCUGCUUUGGGGAUUAAUGUAUCCAUGGAUUUGCUCUUAUCGCCAUGUUUUACAAGCAUGGCCGUGAGGAGAUGACAGCCUAUAUGUGUUACGG